UCCCGCCAAUGGAAGCAGGCGAAAGCGGCGGCGCAACGUAUCUUGUGUGCCUGAGCGCGCACUGAUGACGCGAUGACGCGAGAGCCAGGCCAUAACCCUCUGUUUGGGCUUGGGCUUGGGCUGGACCCGACGCCCACCCGGCGGCGGAGGGCUGAGCUUCUUGGGAUGUUGCAACGGUUGGAGUUGUUCCAGACAUGAUUGCUGUGGUGUUGCUCUGGGAGAACACCUUGAUGAAUGAUUAGUACCAUUCAGUGAUGGGCUGUGGGACUAGCAAAGUACUCCCUGAGCCUCCCAAGGAUGUCCAUUUGGAUCUUGUUAAAAAGGUUGAGCCAUACACUGGUUACAAAACUGACAUAUAUAAGCACUUCAUCAAAGGGGAUGGGGAUGGAAUCAAAUCUGCUAUUCCUUCUCCUCCCUGUCACGUCAAUCCCCAUACGGAACAGCCAGAACCCCGUAAGAACAGAGUGGCAAAGUAUCGUGCAAAAUUUGAUCCCAGAGUGACAGCCAAAUAUGACAUCAAAGCCUUGAUUGGUCGAGGCAGCUUUAGCAGAGUGGUUCGAGUAGAGCACAAGGCCACCAAGCAGCCAUAUGCAAUCAAGUUGAUAGAGACCAAGUACCGCGAGGGGAGAGAAGUGUGUGAGUCAGAGCUGUGUGUGCUGCGCCGUGUGCGUCACACCAACAUCAUUCAGCUCAUUGAAGUAUUUGAGACUCAGGAACGCGUCUACAUGGUGAUGGAAUUAGCCACUGGAGGAGAAUUAUUUGACCGAAUCAUUGCAAAGGGUUCCUUCACAGAAAGAGACGCCACUCGUGUGCUGCAGAUGGUAUUGGAUGGGGUUAAAUACUUACAUACAUUGGGCAUAACUCACAGGGACUUGAAACCAGAGAACUUGCUCUAUUACCACCCAGGCAUGGAUUCUAAAAUAAUGAUUACAGACUUUGGGUUGGCAAGUGCCCGGAAGAAAGGAGAUGACUGUUUGAUGAAGACAACCUGUGGGACGCCAGAAUAUAUUGCCCCAGAGAUCUUGGUCAGAAAGCCUUACACUAACUCUGUGGACAUGUGGGCUCUGGGUGUGAUCUCAUACAUUCUUUUAAGUGGGACAAUGCCUUUUGAGGAUGACAAUCGCACUCGCUUAUACAGGCAAAUUCUGAAAGGAAAGUACAGUUACUCAGGAGAGCCAUGGCCCAGCGUUUCAAAUCUUGCUAAGGAUUUCAUCGACCAUCUGCUCACAGUGGAUCCUAAUGAUCGUAUGACAGCACUUCAGGCCUUAAAGCACCCCUGGGUGGUCACCAUGGCGGCCUCUUCUUCCAUGAAGAACCUGCACCGUUCUAUCUCUCAGAACCUCCUUAAGAGGGCAUCAUCUCGUUGCCAAAGUACCAAAUCUGCUCAGUCCACCCGCUCCAGCCGCUCUACCAAAUCCAACAAGUCCCGGCGGGUGCGAGAGCGAGAAUUGAGAGAGCUGAACUUACGCUACCAGCAGCACUACAAUGGCUGACACCUUCUUGGGAGGAUCCCUACUGUGCCAUCCGUUCAUUUGUUCAUGUGUUUUUGGGAUGUGUUCUGCACUGCAUCUUCUUAAGUGCGUGUUGUCCAUGGUCCAGAUGCCCUCUCAGAAAACCCACUCCAUGUCCACUUUCCGACCUGGAAGGAGAUGGAGUUUUGGGGGCACCUCACUUGAGUUGAGUCACUUGCAGUAUCUCUCUCAACAUUUGAAAAUUCUACUUCUUGGCCAGCCCUGGGAAAAGUUUUCAUAGUUAGCCACCUGAAAUACUGGAGCCACAUAGAACAGAAGAGUCCACACCUAGCCAAGACUACCAGCUACUCUGACCUAUUUAUUGUCUUCAAACUGAUCAAAGUAAGAUCUGUUGCUGUUGAACCUGGUGGUUGAGUGACUUAGAAAUUCAGCCUAUACCCACUUAACUGGGAAGUUCCAUUUUACUCAGCCGGAUUUACGAACAAGUAAACAAUGUAGGACAGAUUAGAUUGUUGAGGCAAGAUAAAAAAAACGUUAUGAGUGUGCGCAGAGAGAGGUGGCUAGUUUGCUAUUCCAGCUGCAGCCUCAUGCAUUGUAUCAAAAAAAUAUUAUUCCCAAGCAACACUACCAGAAGUAAUUUUGUGGGCACAAGGUGCUGGGAUGGAAGUCUAAAAACCCCAUUGUUUGGGUGGAAUACUGUGCACAGCCAUUUGUAUCCCAACCUGCUUUCUCCAGAGUCAAAGUGAGAGCUUUUAUUUGACCUUGGGUUUAAUGGCCUUUUACGCUGCACAACUGUAAAAUAGGGACCAUUUUUUUGGGUUUGAUGGAGGAAAUGAAAGAUCAGAAAUAGGGUUGUUCCUCCUCUGUUUCUCUUUCUCUCUCCCCUCAUCUUCUACUUUUCUUUUCUACCUCUUAGGCCAGGAAUGUGCCUUAACUACACUAGUCCGGUUGGGAAUGGCUUGAAUUAGACUUUGCUGCUCUUUCUGUCUUCCCACAUAUGUUGGAAUGUUUUCUUGGGUCUUCCCUUGUGUUUUUACAUGUAAUGCCAGGAUGAAUAGCCAACUGAGCCACUAUUCUGACUUAUCUGAAGGUCCGGUAUACGACUUUGUACCACUGUGUUCAAAAUAGCUGAGGAACCUUGAGACAGCUGUCUUCCCUCUUCUGUCAUCAUAUGUACACACUGUAUGAUUUUCCAAUACAGUAGUGACAUCAAGGAAGAUGUUUCCCAUUAAAGGUUUGGGUCUGAAGGCCUUAUGAAGUUCCAACAGCCACUCCACCUCUACAUUUGGAACAGUGCAGUGAAAGCAGUGGAUCUUAGAAUGAUAAAAUGCUAUAGCUUAAAAGGGACCCAAAGAUAACAUUGGCCAACACACAUUUUGGUGCCUCAAGUAUUAGCCUUGUUUCUGAUUACAUUUGACCCACUGAUUCUAAAAAUUGCACCAGCUUUCCCCUAUUAGCUUUAGUUUUUGAGAUACAGAACAUGUGCAUGUAACAGUCUAUGUUCAUCGAUAGAAAAUCAUGAUAACAUAUCAGAGAAACUAGAGUUGAUGUGGUCUAUCCAAUGCAUUUUUCUGAAUAAUGCUCCAAAUAACCCCAGGAACAAGCCUAAAACCCAAGUCAUCAAGAAUUUUUUUUGGUUGGACUGUGCAAUCUAUCUUUCUCAUCCACCUACCCUCAGCAUGAACGUAUGUUUUUCUGUUUUUUGUGUGUCACAAAGAAACAUCUAGAGAGCACUGGGGUAAAUGCUAGAUCCAUAUACUACAGCCCUAAUUCUCCAGAGUAACUAACCAGUCUGUUCUAAAUUGAAUGUCACAGUCUCAAAAUGGUUGAAAUGCAUAUGUUUGGUUUAUUCCUUUCUAGAAAAAACAUAUCCUUACAUGCAGAAAGUAAGCGCAUCAGGGAGCAGGAUAGGAGAUGGCUUGGCAAUGUACUUGGGUUUGAGUUUUGGUGUUAAUCUGCAGGAUGUCUUGCUGGGCUGAAUUCAAAAGCCACUUUUCUGUCUGCAAUGUAAAAUGGUAGGCAGGAUUCUGUUAUCUCAUUCUACUGCUUUUAUAAAUGAGGCACUUGAACUCCAUUAUGAAGCAAAAUCCAUUUUGCAACUUUAUUUGAUAGUAAUGAACAAGUCCAGAUGAUUGGGCCUCUCACUUCUCCAAAUGGUGCUUCUGGCCUUAAAUUGAUCUUUCUCUGUCCUACUGAAAGUUUUACGUGUCACUGAAAUUUUCUAUCCUACAGCAGCACAACCUAUUUCAAAUGGUAAUGUUCCUUACACUGCCAUCAGAAAAUGUCUAUGGGACAUAACAUUACUUGUGGAAGCUGCUGUUGAAUUCAACAAAUGCUGUUGAAUGUAAUUAGCACUGACAAAACCUUUUCCUGUUCAACUGAGGCAUUAAAAUAGGGUGCAACAGGUUUUGGGGAAGUGUUCUGGAACCUUGGGUUAGCUUGUGCGUUCCAUUGGUAGGCACAAGACGUGUAUUUGAGGCAUACUAGCUAUGAUUGUGAAUGGCUUGUUAGCAAGGGUCUAGUUCUGCCUUCAUUGUGUUGAGAAAUCACUUGAUAAUAGGAAAAGUUGAUAUAAUAAAGAGCUAGUGUGCUUAAGAAUGUUUAAUCUGAUUAUAUUACAGUGGGACUGAUUCAUUUUUGUAUUCCUGCUAUAUUUAUAGAACCACGUUGUGCAGAACCAAUUUCUCAGGCCAGAGGGACAUCUAGUGGUUUGAAGACACUCCUGCAGACCUUUUUACAGGCAGUCUCCCAAGUUAUGAACAAGAUAGGUUCUGUAGGUUUGUUCUUAAGUUUUAACUGGAACUCUCUCAUACACACACACACACACACACACACACACACAUGUGCGUGCAUGCAUGUUUUGGAUGGCAGAAGGAAGGGUUAACACCCCUGUUGUGUUUGUUUUACUGUCUGUGCCCCUGUUCAAGGAUUUCAUCUCACUUUCUGUCUCUGUGAGAAUUGGAUUUUGAAAAAUGUGGCUUGUACAAACAAGGAUUGAUGAUAAAGCUUCAGUUCAGACACCUAUUCUCCACAAUGACUCUUGUGAAUUUCCUUUCUGGAGAUAGAUUUCUCUCACUUCUUGUUGUCUCACCCCCAUUUUUAACUAUGAAAUGUUUGAAAAGUGGAUGUUUGUAACUCUAGGACUGCCUUUAUUGAUGUUUUGCUUUAUGCUGUAUCACUAUUUCACUGUGGUUUGGUUGGCAAUUAGAUGAACAUGUUAAGUUAUCUGAUACCAACAUAUAUGCCCUGGACUUCUUAUUGGCCUGUUUAGGGUAUAUGUGACACAUGUGGGUGGAAAGAUCCUCUGUUUAGUUUGUGUAGGCCAUCAGUUUAGAAAAGGGUGGUCAAUUUGGCCCAUGCUGCAGAAAUUUCUGUUGUUGUGUGGGCACUUGUUACCUGUGACUUUCCCUCCACCCAUACAUACAAGAUAAAUUAGAUACAACAUUGAGAUUUUAAAAAUGCGCACACAUAUUUCUAACCAAGAAAAACUCUUAACUUCCCUCAUUUUGACCUCAAAUUCAGCAAAGCUUCAUCUCGUAAAGUUUCUCCUGUUCCAGGUUCAUCCCCCUAUACAGCUGCUGAUUCAAACUGUUGUGCAAUUUUACUAAAAUAAGUGUCAACAAAUGGCAACACUUGUAUACUGAGUCCUUUCUAGAUGUCACAUCACCCCUUCCAUCCUGUUACAAAAUUGAGGAUGUAAAUAUAUUGGAGCUUAGCAAUAUUGUGUUUUCAACACAAUGGAGAAAAGUUGAGUCUAAUGGUAUGAAAACCUCUUAUCCUUUACAAAACAAAAUGAAGGCAGUUCUAUCUUUAGGUUAUGUGCUAGUUUGAUAAUGGGGAUGAUCUAAAGAGACAUAACUGGAAAAUGGAGGUGAGGUGGACUAACAGCAACCUCAGUCCAGAUUGUGCCAUUGGAAGUGUCCGUUAUUCUGGAACUGGGCCAGCAAAAACCCUUCAUGACAAGUCCUUUGUAAAGUGCUCAUUGGAAAAAUCCAGAACUUGGAAACAAAACAAUUUGGGACUGCAAGUUUCAGAAUUCCCCAGCCAGAUUCUGUUAUUUGUCCUAAACAGUAGGGCUUGGAAGCUGUGGAUAGCUUAUCCCUAAAGUAUAUCUGGAAGCAUCAUUGUGCAAUCAUGAUAGACAGCAGAAGUACCAAGUUUUUAUUCCCUUUCUAGGGUAAGGCACUUUCAGACAAACUUGACUAGAUGAGGGAACAUUGGACCUACUCACCUUUCCCUCACAUAUCGACAAUGUCAGGGAAUUGAAUUUGUGACUUUGUCUUGAUCAUAAUAUUUUUCCCCAUUCUUCAGUGUGUGACUCCACUCAUAAAAUCUCAUUUUCUGGUAUGUUACUUUCCCAAAUAGAUGUUUGUUUUAUAUCAAGGAUGGCCAGAUGUUGAAUUGCAGCUUCCACUAACCGCCAGCAAAGCCAAUGGUGGUGGUGGUGGUGGUGGUGGUGGGUGGUGGGUGGGGGGGGGGGGUGAAAAAAUUUGGCAGUACCUAGUUGAAAUGCUGUCAAGCACUACAUCCUUCUAAAUUAAGGUGGUUCUGUUUAAGGGUGAAUCAGUGUGUUUCCACAUAAGAAUCCUGCCUGCAUUUCAUGCACAUUCCAGGGCUGGGAUCUCAGGGCUCCUUAUAUGUACUAACAAAAUGAUUUUGAUAAUCACACCAGUUUUUCUCUUACCCACCUGCAUCUCCUUUCCUCCCCUCCUUGCACUGCACUGGAGGAGGCCAAGAUUCCCCCUGAUGUUUCAAAGAUGACGUAUUACACAAUACAUCUUCAGUCUGAAGCCACCAAGGAUUUUGUGAACAAAAUUUCCCCCCACGGACCUUUGUAUCCCAGCCCUCGAGUGUGCAGGGACACUGGCAGGCCAGAUGAAAAAUAUGCUGCCCCAGUGUUGAUUCUGGGGUUGGAAAACUUGUGAGAUGGGGUUGCCGCUCUUUUUCCUGCAACAUGAGGUAGAAAUAUCUGUUCAGACAUUGCUUUAGUCAACCCUUCUGGUUUUAUGGCCCCUUUCUUAGAAUGCAGAUUUUGCUGCUGCUGAAAUAUACUGUGACUGCAGCUCAAACUGAGCUGUCCUUUCUGCUCCUGACCCAGUUGCCAUCCAAAGGAAAGAGCUCCUUCCAGACUCCAGAUCCCCUCCUGCUGAGGGACAACUUUUAUAUCACAGCACAAAGAACUUCCCUCGCUAGUGCUACUGGUGAUGUGUGGAAAAGCUGCACUCAGGUGCAUAAUAUGUGCUCUUACAUACCUUUUGGAAAGGGUCCUCUGCCACGUGUUUUAUUCCGAUUUUUCUAUGUCUUUCAAAGUCAGUGCCUUUUCUACUAAUACUACUCAGUGGGAAUCCAGGAUCAACAUCCAAAGAAGUAAAGUAAAUUAGUCAUGUAUAUCUAAUGUGUCUCUAUGCUUGUAUCUUUUUCACGCAUCUGCCUUCCCUUUGUACCUCAUGCUGUGCUGCAAACUAUGUUUUGAAACUCAGGAGAGUGUCGAAAGACAUUCGAAAUGGGAUGAGGGCCUCCUGUUCAGGAGAGAUCACUGAAGGAACCAUCCAUCACUGAGAUGUGUCUUAGACCUUGUCUCUAGUCUCAGUCAGUCAUGAGCCAGAGACAUUACCGAUUAAAACAUGGAGGACAACCUGCUUUCCUUUUUAGGUAGUCAAAGUAAAGAAUCAACUGUUUUCCCAUCUCUCCCCUUUUCUUUUUUGUUGUUCAACUGUCCUUGUGCUGUGUGAUGAAGAGCUAGAUAGAAUGUGCGGAAUCAAUGCCUCCUGAAAAUUUCCUCUUAGAGAAUCCCUUUCUGAAUUUGCUUGUCUGUGGAGAAGUGGGCGCCUGUUGAAAAGUAUGAUUGUUGGUCAAGCCUGACUGCCAUUUACCUUAUAGAGAAAUGAGAGCACUCUAGAGCAGACCUACUUCUACCUGUGUACUACUGGGAAGGGUUGGUAUCGAGGAGCAAGCUGUCCUUUAAGGAAGCCUGCUUGGUGGGAUUGCUUGUUUCGUUGCUUCAUUAAAAUGCUUUGAAGGCUUACCAGGUGUUCCUCAACGUUCUCUGGGAUACAGACUGAAAAACCACUGUUUUAAAUAAACUAGACACUGUUCCUUUCCAACUCCUAGCCGGCUCCCUUGUGCCCUAGAGGCCUUUGGCCUGUGGGAUGCCUCCUCUUGGCACCCCUUUACCUCUUUAUCCCCAGGCUGUGAAUAUUUCAGUUUUGACAUUAUACGGCCUCUCAGAAGUUCUCCUUUGAAAAUUUUGAGAAACGUGCUUUGGAAAUGCGGGCAUUUGUUGCCUCCUCUCACCGCAUUCAGAUUGGCAAAAGGGAUUAUUCCACCUCUCUCCUUUCCUCUUCUCAAGUGGAGAAUGGGUUCCCCUGUUCCCCUCUUCAGCUCAUAUCUGUGAUUUUAUUUUGCCUUUGGUGCCUUUUUUUACACAAUGGAAUUUUUACUUUUAUUAGAGUGUGAUUUAACCUGUAAUGUUGAAAUUAGUGUAUAGAGUUAUUUAUUUUUAUGUAUUCAGUUUGUUUUUAAAUUUGUAAAUGUAUCCUGUUUAUUCAGUAAAAUGUUGACACUCUUUUGAUUCGUGGAUUUGUUUUGGCUGGGUGGGUAAGCUGCUCGAAUGGGUUUGUGGUGAAUUGGGAAAACGGUAGCUGUGACCUCCAUCUACUCCGAUGCUAAUAGCUGUUCCUGUUUAGUUGGUGCUCAUCUAUCUUUAAUAAAGAAAGAAACAUUCUG